CGAAUUUAAUAAAAUUAAAAUCAACCAAAAUUUAAUGCAAUCUAUUAGAACAAAAAAUGACUAUAGUUCUCCUUCAUCGCUUAUUAAACCAAUAUCGGUAAAAUUGAAUUCAGAUGAUAUUAAUGUUGGAGUUGAAUUAACUACCGAUAUAAAAAAAUCUGAUUUAAGAAGAAUUCUUAACUCAUUUAUAACACGAAAUGAAGUUAUAAAAUUAGCUUCUGAAUAUGGUUUAGAAAAAAAACUAUUUCAAGAAGCAUUCUGUAGUUUUCAACAUUAUUGCAUUGAAUCGGAAUCUUUGCCAGUAGAUCUACAUAUAUUAAUAAGUGAUAUAAUUCAAGGAUCUGGUCAUGAAACAGAUAUAUUUCCUUAUUUUAUGAAGCAUGCAAAAGUAACCUUUCCUCAUAUAAAUUGUUUAGAUGAUUUAAAAAAAAUUAGUGAUUUACGAAGACCAUCAAAUUGGUAUCCUGUUGCAAGAAGUAUAAAAAGAAAUAUCAUUUUUCAUGCAGGUCCAACAAAUAGUGGUAAGACAUAUUGUGCUUUGAAAAGUUUUAUUAAUGCUAAAAGUGGAAUAUAUUGUAGUCCUUUAAAGUUACUAGCUGUUGAAGUUUUUAAUAAAUGUAAUAAUAGCGGAACAUCUUGUGAUUUAAUCACAGGAGAAGAAAGAAGAUAUCAUAAAAAUGAAAGUAACCCUGCUCAACAUAUUUCUAGUACUGUUGAAAUGAUGAAUCUUAAUAGUAUAUGUGAUGUAGCUGUUAUAGAUGAGAUUCAAUUAAUGCGAGAUACAGGAAGAGGGUGGGCCUGGACUAGAGCUUUAUUGGGUACUCCAGCACACGAAGUACAUCUUUGUGGAGAAAUAUCUGCUAUUGAUUUAGUAGAAUCUGUGUGUGCAACGAUUGGAGAAACUGUUGAAGUUAGAAAAUAUAAACGUCUUACAAAUCUUAUAAUAGAAAAUAAAGCGCUUAACUCAUUACUCAAUGUGCAGUCUGGUGAUUGUAUUGUAUGUUUUAGUAAAAAUGAUAUUUAUGCUGUAUCUCGUUUUCUUGAACAAAAUAAUAUUGAGGUAGCUGUUAUAUAUGGAAGUUUGCCUCCACAAACCAAACUUGCCCAAGCUGCAAAAUUCAAUGAUAUUUAUCAUCCUUGCAAAGUUUUAGUUGCAACAGAUGCUAUUGGAAUGGGUUUGAAUUUACAUAUACGUAGAUUAAUUUUUUACUCUUUAAUCAAAACAACUGUAAAUAAGAAAGGUGAAAAAGAAAUGAAUACCUUGUGUGUUUCUUCAGCAUUACAAAUUGCAGGUCGAGCAGGACGAUAUGGAACACAAUGGAAAGAAGGAUAUGUAACUACUUUCAAAUCGGAGGAUCUACCUACACUGAAAAGUUUACUUGACCAAACUCCAGAAACUCUAACUCAAGCUGGCCUACACCCUACUGCCGACCAAAUAGAACUAUAUGCUUAUCAUUUGCCAAAAACUCCUUUGUCUAAUCUUGUGGAUAUUUUUGUUUCAUUGUGUACGGUUGAUUCCCUAUAUUUUAUGUGUAAUGUUGAUGAUUUUAAAUUUCUUGCUGAUAUGAUCCAACAUAUCCCUCUUCCAUUACGAGCUAGAUAUGUAUUUUGUUGCGCACCUAUUAAUAAAAAGCUGCCAUUUGUUUGUGCUAUGUUCAUAAAAUUUGCGAGACAAUAUUGUAAAAAUGAACCAAUAUCGUUUGAAUGGCUUAGUGAACAUAUUGGUUGGCCAAUAAAAUUACCAAAGACAUUUACUGAUCUUAGUCAUUUAGAGGCGGUAUUUGACGUUUUAGAUCUUUACCUUUGGUUAAAUUAUCGCUUUACCGACUUAUUUCCUCAUAUUACAUUAGUUGAAAAAAUGCAAAAGGAACUUGAUGUAAUUAUUCAGCAAAGCAUAUAUCAGAUGACCAAGAAUUUAAAGCCAUUAGAAUCAGAAUCAUCAGCUAAAACUACUUUAUUUGAAUCUGGUUAUAAAGGAAAAUUGACUAAGCAAUUAUUAGAUAAGGGAUUGAUAACUCCAAAAAUGCUACAAGAAUUACAACGUGAAUGGAGUGAGAUAAAUAAUAAAGAAAAAAAAAAUGACACAUUUAUUUGUGUUAUUAUAUAA